AUGAAAUUUUUUGAAAAACUGUUUUGUUUAAAAUCAAAUGAUGUUAUGAAUCAAAAACCAAAAGAAGAUAAUAAGAAAGUUCAGGAAUUUAAAGUUACACCUAAUGCUCCUAAUGUUGCAAGUAGGGAUUUCUUUUCGGGCGUGGAUAUUAGGGGUUACCGUGGUCUUAGUGAGACUCUUAGUGGUCUUGGGCGUCAUUCUGGAGGUAGUGGUGCACACGGGGCUGGUGGUGGUACUGGUAGACAUGGUGGUGGUGGUGAUGGAGGGGAUGGUACUGGUAGACACGAUGGUGGAGGCUAUGGAGGUGGUGGAGGUGGUGAUGGAAGUGGUGGAGGAGGUGGAGGGGAUAGUGGAGGAGGUGAUGGCGGAGGAGGAGGGGAUGGAGGGGGUGGAGGAGGAGGUGAUGGAGGAGGCUGUUGA